AUGACCAACGACGCGAACAAACAUAAUCCCAAUGACAGCGACGACGAUGAAGGAGACGUCUUCCACGACGCCCGCUUCCCCGCCGACGAAGAAACACGCCUUCUCGCAGAAUCCCAGACCUUGAAAGCCACAGCCAACAAACUCUUCUCCGCCGCCAGCUACGACGAAGCCAUCACCAGCUACGACCGCGCUCUCGCCUCAUGUCCCAACUACCUCGACUACGAAGUCGCCGUGCUGCGGAGCAACAUGGCCGCCUGCUACCUGAAGCUUGAAGACUGGAAGGCAUCAGUCGACGCGGCAACGGCGUGUCUUGAUCGGCUGGAUAAAGUGCUUCCGCGGACGCCGGUGCCGAAAAAGGAUGAGGGACUGAAGGAAUCCGGCACGAACACCAAAACCACAGAGGAAGCGGUCGUGGAGAUCACAGGCGACGACGACUCGGAGGAGGAGGAACAGCUGCAGCGCCUGCAGCAGCGCGAUCAACUUACGCGGGAUGUCCUGCGGAUCCGCGCGAAAGCGCUGAUGCGACGGGCGCGGGCGCGGAUGCAGCUGGGCGGGUGGGCGAAUCUGCAGGGCGCGGAGGAGGACUACAAGGAGUUGGCGGCCAUGGAUAAUCUGCCCCCGGACGAUAGACGGGUUGUUCAAAGGGGUCUGCGGGAGCUGCCGGACAAGAUCAACAAGGCCCGCGAGAAGGAUAUGGCAGAGAUGAUGGGCAAGCUGAAAGAUCUGGGUAAUGGGAUUUUGAAGCCGUUCGGUCUAUCGACUGAUAAUUUCAAAUUCGUCCAGGAUCCGAAGACGGGCGGGUAUAGCAUGAACUUUCAGUCGGGCUGA